GUAUGUUUGCGUUCGUCGCCGACGUUGCCGGAUCGCCUUGCGUUUACCCAUUCUUGCGGCGUCGUAGUUUCGUUUGAGGAAAACGGCAGACGCGGAAACGUACUGCAUUACUAAUAUAGCUAUUCCGAGCGCUGAAACGACGUGCAGUGCCUUCCAACAGGCAUGAGCAGCGGCGUCUGCAUCGCCGAGCGGCAGGAAGAACGGCUGGGUGAGCGUACGCCGUCGUCGAAAGAGAUCAAAGUCCUAUCCGAAACUGGAUUCGACCAAGUGUCCGACAUGGGAGCACCGGAUGACCUGCCGGAGCACGAGCGAGCGUACCAGAGCGAAGCCGAGACAGCUGAAGACAAGGGCGCAGAGGUGAAGCGCGAUGCGGACGACGGCAUCGACUGGGUUCUGGUGUCCCGAAAGCGUCGCAUGAUCGAACGCGCACUCGCCGACGGCAGCACGGUGGGCCUGAAGAUGGCUGCUGUGGAGGAACGGGGCCUGAUCUGCGACGACUACCGGCGUCUCGUCUGGCCACGCAUCGGCGGUGUCAACGUGUACGAGACAUCGCCGCGACCGUCGCUCGCCGAGAUCGAACAGCACGCCUACUACUCGCAAGUGGUUCUCGACGUCAAACGUUCGCUCAAGCGUUUCCCGCCUAGUAUCGCCGAAGGGCAACGUAUAGCACUACAGGACCGGCUCGUGUUUAUGAUCAUGCGCGUUCUGAUGAAGAACCCCGAACUGCACUACUACCAGGGCUACCACGACAUCUGCGUUACAAUCCUGCUGGUUCUGGGCGAGGAAGUUGGUUUCCUCUUGGUAGAUCGGCUCUCGUGUUCCAAUCUGCGCCGUUUCAUGGACAAGACGAUGGCGCGCACAGCCGACAUGCUCGAGCACAUCUACCCCCUUCUCGGUCACGAAUGCCCCGAACUUCGGGACUUCCUGGACCGGGCUCAGGUUGGAAUUAUGUUCUGCCUCAGCUGGGUGAUCACGUGGUUUGGUCACGUUCUCGCCGACUACGACACUGUGGUGCGUCUCUUCGAUCUGUUCCUGUCCAGCCACCCGUGGAUGCCGAUCUACCUGUCAGCAGCGAUAGUUUUGCACGCCCGCGACGAGAUUCUAGCAUUGGACUGCGACUUGGCGCCUGUCCACAGCUACCUGUCGCGUCUGGUGGAGGGUGACCUGCCCUUCGAGAAACUCAUCGUCCACGCCCGGCAGCUGCUCGAAGAGCAUCCGCCCUCGGAGCUGCAGGCGCAGUUGGCUCGCACCAGACAACGCGACGAGCGCCCCGUCGUAGCCGCCGCACGAAACCGCGGUAGGCUGUGGCGCUGUGCGCGAUUUGCAGGCGCGCUGGUCGCUGCCACUGGAACCUGGAAGGGAGCACUGACGGUGGCUGCCGUCCUCUUCGCGGUGUGGUAUCAAACGUACAGAAAGAAUGUCGUUCACUUGGCCUGGUUCUGAAGCUGGGUGUUUGUGCAGCUGUUUGUCCUAGUGUUACUAUUCAAACUACAUUGAAUGUGUGUGUAUACGGGGCGGGUUUCAGCCGUUGUACAUUAUCUUCCAUUGACCCGUGUAUAUUAGUUCCUGCUCACUGUCUCUACUGUGCUCAGCAGUGCUAAGUACUGAUCGCCCGAAUCAUCCCUUCCUGGUGUUACCGAAGCUUCUGCUGUUGAAGUGCCUGAAGAGUUAUUUCGAAGACGUCUCAAGUGUGGCUGGCAUUAUCCUCACUUGUGUUCGACAUGUAGGGCCUGCCAAAAUAACUGUUUCUUUCUGUACAUACCAGCUUUUCCACCUUAAAUGCUGAAUAAUUUCAAUAUAACCAAUGCGAAUUUCUAGUGCUCAUUCCAAUACCGGCCUGGUUAUUUGCUAUGUAUGCGCUUAUGUGAGAGCACCAUUGCUCUUUACUUUCCAUGGGCAUGUCUAGCUGAAUAUGCCAAGUAAAUCCCAUAAUUAAGC